AUGAAAAGUGUCGUCGAUGACAUGCUGGACUGCUAUUCUAGAUACGUCUCGACUUAUGACUGUAUGAACGGCUAUUGUAGAUACGUCUCGACUUAUGACUGUAUGAACGGCUAUUGUAGAUACGUCUCGACCUAUGACUGCUAUUCUAGAUACGUCUCGACCUAUGACUGCUAUUGUAGAUACGUCUCGACCUAUGACUGCUAUUGUAGAUACGUCUCGACCUAUGACUGCUAUUCUAGAUACGUCUCGACUUAUGACUGUAUGAACGGCUAUUCUAGAUACGUCUCGACUUAUGACUGUAUGAACGGCUAUUGUAGAUACGUCUCGACUUAUGACUGUAUGAACGGCUAUUGUAGAUACGUCUCGACUUAUGACUGUAUGAACGGCUAUUGUAGAUACGUCUCGACUUAUGACUGUAUGAACGGCUAUUGUAGAUACGUCUCGACUUAUGACUGUAUGAACGGCUAUUGUAGAUACGUCUCGACUUAUGACUGCUAUUGUAGAUACGUCUCGACUUAUGACUGUAUGAACGGCUAUUGUAGAUACGUCUCGACCUAUGACUGCUAUUCUAGAUACGUCUCGACUUAUGACUGUAUGAACGGCUAUUCUAGAUACGUCUCGACUUAUGACUGUAUGAACGGCUAUUGUAGAUACGUCUCGACUUAUGACUGUAUGAACGGCUAUUGUAGAUACGUCUCGACUUAUGACUGUAUGAACGGCUAUUGUAGAUACGUCUCGACUUAUGACUGUAUGAACGGCUAUUGUAGAUACGUCUCGACUUAUGACUGUAUCAACGGCUAUUGUAGAUACGUCUCGACCUAUGACUGUAUGAACGGCUAUUGUAGAUACGUCUCGACCUAUGACUGUAUGAACGGCUAUUGUAGAUACGUCUCGACUUAUGACUGUAUGAACGGCUAUUGUAGAUACGUCUCGACUUAUGACUGCUAUUGUAGAUACGUCUCGACCUAUGACUGUAUGAACGGCUAUUGUAGAUACGUCUCGACCUAUGACUGUAUGAACGGCUAUUGUAGAUACGUCUCGACCUAUGACUGUAUGAACGGCUAUUGUAGAUACGUCUCGACUUAUGACUGUAUGAACGGCUAUUGUAGAUACGUCUCGACUUAUGACUGUAUGAACGGCUAUUGUAGAUACGUCUCGACCUAUGACUGUAUGGACGGCUAUUGUAGAUACGUCUCGACUUAUGACUGUAUGAACGGCUAUUCUAGAUACGUCUCGACUUAUGACUGUAUGAACGGCUAUUGUAGAUACGUCUCGACUUAUGACUGUAUGAACGGCUAUUGUAGAUACGUCUCGACUUAUGACUGUAUGAACGGCUAUUGUAGAUACGUCUCGACUUAUGACUGUAUGAACGGCUAUUGUAGAUACGUCUCGACUUAUGACUGUAUGAACGGCUAUUGUAGAUACGUCUCGACCUAUGACUGUAUGAACGGCUAUUGUAGAUACGUCUCGACUUAUGACUGUAUGAACGGCUAUUGUAGAUACGUCUCGACUUAUGACUGCUAUUGUAGAUACGUCUCGACUUAUGACUGUAUGAACGGCUAUUGUAGAUACGUCUCGACUUAUGACUGUAUGAACGGCUAUUGUAGAUACGUCUCGACUUAUGACUGUAUGAACGGCUAUUGUAGAUACGUCUCGACUUAUGACUGUAUGAACGGCUAUUGUAGAUACGUCUCGACUUAUGACUGUAUGAACGGCUAUUGUAGAUACGUCUCGACGUAUGACUGUAUGAACGGCUAUUGUAGAUACGUCUCGACUUAUGACUGUAUGAACGGCUAUUGGUCACUGCAUCCUAAGGAUAAGGAUCGAACUACUUUCACAUUUUAA